ACAGAAAAAAGAAAAGAACGCUAUUACAAAAUUUCUUUUCACAACUUUAAACUUAAACUAAAUAUCGUACAUGCAAUGAAUAAUGUACAUGUUAGGAAUAUUUAAACAGCUUUAAAAUAAUGAAACGAAAACCCGUGAUUUUUCUUUACCGGCAAAUCGUGACUGGGUACAUAAUCAAAUUCUGCCCUUGUCGGCAGAUUCCCUGGCUUCAAUCCACCUCCCCUUUUGUUUGGAAGUCACGAUCUAUGAGAAUUUGUCUCGUGACUGGGGUUCUAAGAGUGUAUUUAAAGCGGAGUAACGCAUUCAAUUUACAGUGAAUCAAAUCGUUACCUCUUAGCUGGUCUUAGAGGAGUCCGUACUUGUUUUUAUCCUCCGCCACCAAUAGCUGAAAAGAAGAAUUUGCAGUAUCUAUCACACUCAAGAUGCGUGUCUAUUUCAUUAUAGCAGUAUGUGCCCUGGUUGCAGGCCAGCUACUAGCCCAAGAUAUUGAAGGAACCACCAAGCGUCCAGAGGGCGCUGAUAAAUCAUCACCAGCGCCGCCACCUCCCGGAACUAUGGAACCUGAACCUGUUGAUAAAACACUGGCUCCAGAGGAGGGAGACGUCACAAAACCGCCAAGGGAAGAAGGAAGCACGCCUCCAGCGCCAUCUGGUGGCCAGGUACCUGACAAACCCCAGCCAGGUUACAACCAAGAUCCCCCCACCGACGGAGAGAUUGAAAAGGGGAAAAAGUGGAAAAAUCGCAUAGAUGAAUUGAAGAAAAUGCGAAAGAUGGCCAAAGGUUCAAAAGGUCAAAUAAGGCCACAAGAACAAGGUGACAAGAAAUCUGGCAAACCGGAAUUUGGAAGAAAGGCUAAGGGCGAGGCAAAGAAGAGCAAGGGAGACAGAUUAUUCGGUAAGGAAAAAGGCAAAAGAGGACGUAAGAUGUUUUAAAGGAAACAAUUAGGAAUCGGCGUGCAUGUAUGCAAAAUCUACACGAGCUCGCUAUAAGAAUUACUUUUCUAUGACUUAUCCUUCAUCAGCAAGAUGAAUUUAACCUUCAAAGAAAAACAAUAUCAAGAUUUUUUGUACAAAUUGUAUAAUAAUAAACAAGAUUCCUGA